UAUUGCGACCUGAGUAGUUUAAAGUAAGUCUUUCAAUUGAAAGCUGUAAAAAUAUUGGCGAAUCGACUGUUGUUUCUUAUUGCCAUCUACUAAAUUGUAAUUCAUUUUCCAAUAAUAGUGCCGGUGUAUAUCCUUGUUUUAUUAGCUAAAUGUGUCGUGUCUGUUCUUAAAUGCAUAAUCACGUCGUAAGUGCCUGUUCAACAUGAUUCCUACUACAGUAAGUUUUCCAAAUAUACAAUACGGAUGGAUACGAGCAAAGACAACUAUGGAGGAAACAUGGAUAACACUGAUACCUGCAAUCAUAUACAAGAACCAAAGGAAGAUUCCAAAUCCUCUGACACUAAUAGUGACUUACUUAUCCACUCGACAGUAGAAAUGAACACUUUCAUCGUACCGGUGACAGAACCAGACAAUAAUGAAAAUGAAAAUGGAAGACUUCCAGAUAUUGUUGUUGAGGCUAAUAUCUGUAACGAUGCACAAACCGAAGAAACCUAUUUUUCUAUUGCUAUUCAAGUUUUCAUACCAUUUUUAAUAGCUGGAUUUGGUAUGGUCUUUGCUGGUCUUGUUCUUGACAAAAUACAGCAUUGGCCUGUAUUUGAGGAAAUAUCAGAGCUGGUUAUUUUGAUACCCGCUCUCUUGGGCCUAAAGGGUAAUCUGGAAAUGACGCUUGCUUCAAGAUUAUCAACACAGGCAAAUCUUGGUCAUAUGGACACGACUCAACAAAAAAUCAGUAUUAUUGUCGGAAACUUAACGCUCAUACAGAGCCAAGCAAUUGUUGUUGGCUUUCUCGGAGCCGUUGUUGCAAUAAUCAUGGGAGGUAUCAAAAGCAAUGAAGUCGAACUGGAUCACGCUUAUAUUCUCUGCGCUAGCAGUUUAAUUACUGUAUCAGUUGCCAGUUUUGUAUUAGGAAUAAUUACUGCAGCCGUAAUUGUCAUUUCCAGAUAUUGCAAUAUCAAUCCAGAUAACGUAGCUACUCCUAUAGCUGCUAGUUUAGGCGAUAUCACAUCUCUCACUUUACUUUCUUGGGUUUCGACCUUUUUAUAUGAUUCCAUAGGCGAACAAGACUGGUUAGCUCCGCUUAUCAUAGCAGUUUAUAUUUUAGCCAUUCCCUUAUGGGUAUGGAUCGCCAAAAGAAAUCCUCAAACUAGAGAAGUAUUAUUUCAUGGUUGGACCCCAGUUGUUGGUGCUAUGCUUAUAAGUUCAAUUGGCGGUCUUAUAUUGGAUUUUAUGGUUUCUAGAUUUGAAGGAAUAGCUGUAUUUCAACCCGUUAUAAAUGGAGUUGGUGGAAAUUUAGUUGCAGUCCACUCAAGUAGAAUAUCAACAGCACUACAUAAAGAAGCUGAAUUGGGUGUAUUAAAUACAGACGGGGAAGAUGAAAGCAAAAAAAUAUUUAUAUCCCCUAUGACAGCUUUUUGUAGGAACGACUGUCACGCCAGAACAACUAGAGUUUUAAUGACUCUAGUUAUACCUGGUCAUGUAAUUUUUAUUUAUACGAUUGACUACAUGAAAGAUGGGGAUACUUCCCUCAGCUCUGUUUUUGUUGUAGUGUAUUUGUUAGCAGCGAUAAUGCAAGUCGCAACUUUGCUUUAUGUAGCUUAUAUAAUGAUUCACUGGAUGUGGAAAAAGAAAAUUGAUCCAGACAAUUCCGCUAUUCCAUACCUGACAUCUGUAGGAGAUUUACUUGGUAUUACGUUGUUAGCUAUUGCGUUUCAGUUUUUAUAUUUGGUGAUGUCAGACCAUGAUGUACAAGCGAACUAGACUUUUCAUUUUUCCCCUUUUGUUGUGAUAUUGAACUAAAUUCUAACUUUUAUAUUAAGUAUAUAGACGGUUAAAUGCCUGUUAAAAAUAAUAAUAAUUUAUUUUAGAACAAAA